UGGUACCGUCUACGUGAGGUAUUACGGUAGACGGGCCAUACAAAGAAGUGGUCUGGUGGUUGACGCUCGGUCUGACUCACGGUGGAACCUCAGUCUGACUAACAAACCUGAGGCUUGAGGGAACCGGUGAUUUCUUUCCGUAUCGAUGUGUAGUUCGCGGUAGAUAUGACGGAAAUGUUUUCGACUAUGUUCGGGCAAAAUGAAGCUCAGGGACCGCCUGGAUCCUCUUUGGGUUUCGGACCGGGGAAACCUCCACCGCCUCUGCCGCAAAAUCAAGUCUCCAUGUCGGGGCAGAUGCCAACACAGCUCGGGGAUGAGGGGCCUGCUCUGCGGAAGCCCGGAGCCAUGAAUGAACCUUUCUACUUACUGCGGGAACUACCAGUGGGGAACGAGUUAACGGGGAACACCAACCUCAUCACGCACUACAACCUGGAGCACGCGUACAACAAAUUCUGCGGGAAGAAGGUGAAGGAGAAGCUGAGCAACUUUCUACCAGAGUUACCAGGUAUGAUCGAUUGUCCGGGCACUCAAGAUGGCAGCUCGUUGCGCUCUCUGAUUGAUAAGCCUCCAGUGUGUGGGAACUCCUUCAGCCCACUGACCGGCGCUCUACUCACAGGCUUCAGGCUACAUACAGGACCGCUUCCAGAACAGUACAGACUGAUGCACAUACAGCCUCCAAAGAAGAAGAGCAAACAUAAACACAAGCAUCAUCGACCACAGGACCCACUACCACAAGAAACUCCAUCAGACUCCGAUCCCAAGAAGAAGAAGAAGAAGCGAGAUGACGAUCCCGACCGCAAGAAAAAGAAGAAAGACAAGAAGAAGAAGAAGAACCGCCACAGUCCUGACCACCCCGGCCUCGCUGGAUCACAACCCAACAGCAACAGCCUCAGAUAGACAGCAGCCCACUGUGUGCAUGCCUGUGUUUGAAUGUGUGUGUGACUGAACAUUUUGUAUGAGGGCGUGUGUUUUACAGAUUAAUUGUAUUAUUGAGUUAACGAGAGGAGGGGAUGAAUUAAAGAAUGCGAGUGGUUGUAUGAUGAAUGUGAGAGUGAAAGGAGCUGCGACACAGUGGAUGUGAUGGGAGGAAGACAAGUUACAGAACAGUGUAAAAAGGCUGCUUGGAUUCAUGGAAGAGUGAGCGGGCGCUGUAUGUAUGUCGCUAUUUUGAUUUUGUUGUGAUAUCUUUUGAACGUAAUGCCAAAAUCAAAUAAACUUUGGUGUCUCCUUUUAA